UUCACUCUAUCACCCUGCAUUUAUGCACACGCAACCACUCUGCUUUCUCAAUAAAACCUCUCUUCACCUUUCUUUUUCUUCUUCUUCCCUCUUCAUGGCUUUCUUUCUUUUCCUUCUUCUGAUUCUCAUGGUCCCUUCAAGCAAUGCUCAGUGGCCUCCUUCGCCUGGAUACUGGCCAAGCUCUAAGUUCACUUCAAUGAGCUUUUACAAAGGGUAUAGAAACCUCUGGGGUCCUUCGCACCAGCGAUUUGACCAAAAUGCAUUAACAAUCUGGCUAGAUCGCACCUCAGGAAGCGGGUUCAAGUCGGUCAGCCCGUUUCGAUCCGGGUAUUUUGGGGCAUCCAUUAAGCUUCAACCUGGUUACACUGCUGGAGUCAUUACAGCUUUCUAUCUCUCGAACAAUGAAGCUCAUCCGGGUUUCCACGAUGAAGUGGACAUUGAGUUCCUGGGGACAACAUUUGGAAAGCCGUACACAUUGCAGACAAAUGUUUACAUCAGAGGGAGUGGUGAUGGGAGGAUUAUAGGCAGAGAGAUGAAGUUUCAUUUAUGGUUUGAUCCAACACAAAAUUUUCAUCACUAUGCUAUUUUGUGGAGUCCUAAAGAGCUCAUAUUCUUUGUAGAUGAUGUGCCCAUAAGGAGGUACCCGAGGAAGAGUGAUGCAACCUUUCCACUAAGGCCAAUGUGGGUAUAUGGCUCCAUAUGGGAUGCCUCAUCAUGGGCCACAGAAGAUGGAAAAUAUAAAGCCGACUAUAGGUACCAGCCAUUUGUGGCAAGGUACACUAAUUUCAAGGCGAGUGGUUGCACUGCCUAUGCGCCCGCUCGGUGCCGCCCGGUCUCUGCCUCUCCGUUCCGGUCCGGGCUGACUGGACAGCAAUAUUGGGCCAUGAGAUGGGUUCAAAGCCACCAUCUUGUGUAUGACUACUGCAGAGACUCCAAGAGGGACCAUUCCCUCACACCAGAGUGCUGGGGUUGAUGUGAAAAUUGAAAUCAGUACCAUUUUUUUACUUUGUAAUUUUUUUGGUGAUUUAGUGAGUGUCUUGAGAUGGGUCCAAGGGUAGACGUCCAAGACUCCAAACAAAACAAAAAAAAUAAUUGAAAAAACUUUUAAUUUUGUGUGCAUUUUGUGUCCAUUUUUGUUACAAUGAUUUUGGCCUACAUAGGUUGUUGGAAAAACACAAGGUAUUAUAAGAUGGAGAGGGACUUGAGGAGAGAAAAGGAGCCAAGGGGAUGGGGUCAUGGGGUUUUAGCCAUUUGGGUGACAUUUUCCACUUUGAAUAAUAAAGCAGAAGCUUUUGUAUUAUGUGUAUGAUAUCAAUGCCAUGGAAGUUUGGGCACUUUAUAUUUGUUCAUGUAUUGAACUUAUUGGAA